AUGUCUCCGUAUCAGCUUGUUUAUGGUAAAGCUUGUCAUUUGCCGCUCGAACUCGAGCACAAGGCAUUUUGGGCCACCAAAUUCUUAAAUCUCGGUUCCAAAAAAGCUGAUGGUUCCCGAAUUCUCCAACUCUAUGAGUUAGAAGAAUUUAGGAACUAUGCUUAUGAGAAUGCCAAAAUAUAUAAAGAAAAAACAAAAAAGUGGCAUGAUCAGAGGAUCGAGAAGAAAGAAUUUUUGGAAGGGCAGUUUGUUUUAUUGUUUAACUCCAGGUUGAAGCUAUUCCCUGGGAAGUUAAAGUCGAGGUGGUCUGGACCGUUCGUGGUCACUAAAGUAUUCCCUCAUGGAGCGGUGGAGGUUAAAAACCCAAGUAAUGGGGACAUUUUCAAAGUCAACAGACAGAGGUUAAAACCUUACCAUCAAAGUCAAGAGGUAGGUCUGAUUCACUAUCUUCGUCUCACAUCUUGA